AAAGCUAGAGUGAGCGAGUCGGAGAGAGCAAGCUGGAUAGAGGGAGGGAUGUAAAAAAAGAUCAACUCACUGCUAGUUGUGCUGUGGAAGCAGUGGGAUAAAGCUUCACAGUGAGAGAGAGAGGCAAACUGGGAUAUAUUUCUAUUUAUUUCCCCCCCUCUGUUCCCAUUUCUUGGCUUGUUGCAAAGAAGCAAGAAAAAAAAAAAAUUCAAACGAAAACAGACGUAAAUUUAGCAUCCUAGCAGCCAGAGCGUCUCCUCUACGCGCUCGUUCAGAAGACUCUCCGUGUCUAAUGUGACACAUUGGGGUGGAAUCGUGGGACAUUCGGUCACGCAGAGCUAAGGGAAGGAUGGAUAGAGUGAACCGGGUUUUAAACAUCGUAAGACAGAUGUCUCCCAGGAAAAGGGAAAGAGGGUCUCAUUGGGAGGCGGAGAGCCCGGAGACCUGCGAGGAGAGUCUGUGCUCUCUCAGCCUUUGCAUCAGCGAUGAUGGGCCGUACUCUAAGGGGAACAAGGACUCGACGGGGCCAGACAACUCGCUCACAUCCAGAAGACAAAGCAUCCCAGAACUGCGUGGGGUUACACUGGUUGAGCUGAUUAAGAAGGAAGGAAGCACUUUAGGUCUCACCAUCUCGGGCGGAACAGACAAGGACGGCAAACCACGCGUCUCCAACCUGCGGCCGGGUGGACUGGCGGCUAGGAGCGAUCAGCUCAAUGUGGGCGACUACAUCAAGUCAGUCAAUGGGAUCAACCUGACCAAGCUGCGCCACGACGAGAUCAUCAGUCUGCUAAAAAACGUAGGCGAGCGUGUCGUGCUAGAAGUGGAGUAUGAACUGCCUUCACCUGCGCCAGACAGUACCUCAGGUGUUAUUUCCAAGACAAUCGAGAUCUGUUUGCAGAAAGAGGGCAACAGUUUCGGCUUUGUUAUGCGAGGUGGAUCCCAUGAGGACUGGCACAAAUCCCGUCCUUUGGUGGUCACACAAGUCCGACCUGGUGGUCCUGCUGACAGGGAAGGGACCCUAAAAGCAGGUGAUCGGAUCUUAAGUGUGGAUGGUGUGGUUUUACACAGUGCCACUCUGAGCGAUGCUCUUACAGUACUGACCCAGUCUGGCCAGGAGGCCCUGUUCCAGAUCGAAUACGAUGUCUCCAUCAUGGAUUCGGUGACAAACGCUUCAGGUCCUUUGCUGGUGGAGAUUGCCAAGGCUCCUGGAGCCAGUCUGGGAAUCACUCUGACCACGGCCAUGCACAGAAACAAACAGGCCAUCGUCAUCGACAAGAUCAAGCCCGCCAGUGUAGUGGACAGGUCUGGAGCGUUACACGUGGGUGAUCACAUCCUGUCUAUAGACGGCACCAGCACAGAGCACUGCUCCGUCCUGGAGGCCACGCAGCUGCUGGCCAGCACUACUGAUCAGACCAAACUAGAGAUCCUCCCCGCACACCAAACACGCCUGCCCGGGAAACCCCAGGACACUGUGAAAAUUCAGAAAAGCGACCACCCACACUGUUGGGACCCCUGUGUGAACUACUGCCAUUCUCAACAUCCUGGUCACUGUAAGACAAUGACAUGGACCUCUGCUUCCAGUAACCCGUCCAGCUCUCAGGAUUACUGCAAAUCGGUAGUCUGCACUAACUUCUCUCCUGGGUCCACUACCACAUCAGGCAUGACCAGCCAGGGUUCGAACACGCUGCCCCGGGCCGCUCCUCCCAUGAGCCCACGGAACUCUAUGCUAAAGAGACGACAACGGAAAAAAGAGCACAAAAGCUCCUCUGUAUCUUUAGCCUCAAGUUCUGUGGGCCCUGGUGGUCAGAUCGUCCACACCGAGUCCAGUGAGGUCACUCUGAGAGGAGACCCUCUAAAUGGGUUCGGGGUUCAGCUCCAAGGUGGAAUAUUUGCAACAGAGACCCUCUCUGCACCCCCUCUUAUCCGCUUCAUAGAGCCAGACAGCUCGGCCGAAAGGUGUGGGCUUCUCCAGGUGGGAGACAGAGUCUUAUCCAUCAACGGAAUUCCUACAGAAGACGGAACGCUGGAAGAGGCCAAUCAGCUGCUCCGGGAUGCAGCUCUGGCCAAUAAGGUCACGCUAGAGAUUGAGUUUGAUGUAGCAGAAUCUGUUGUGCCUAGCAGUGGAACAUUCCACGUGAAGCUGCAGAAGAAGAGAGGAGUGGAACUGGGCAUCACAAUCAGCGCCAGUAAGAAACCAGGAGAGCCUCUCAUCAUAUCUGACAUUAAAAAAGGCAGCAUGGCACACAGAACAGGAACUCUGGAGCCCGGAGACAAGCUGCUGGCCAUAGAUAACAUCCGUCUGGAGAACUGCUCCAUGGAGGACGCCGUCCAGAUCCUGCAGCAGAGCGAAGACCUGCUCAAACUCAAAAUCCGCAAGGACGAGGACAACUCAGACGAGCAGGAGUCGUCCGGCUCCAUCAUCUACACGGUGGAGCUGAAGCGCUACGGCGGCCCGCUGGGCAUCACCAUCUCCGGCACCGAGGAGCCCUUCGACCCCAUCAUCAUCUCAGGCCUGACCAAGAGGGGUCUCGCUGAGAGGACUGGAGCCAUUCACGUUGGCGAUCGUAUUCUGGCCAUCAACAGCGUCAGUCUGAAGGGGAAGCCGCUCAGUGAAGCCAUACACCUGCUGCAGAUGGCAGGAGAAACCGUCACCCUCAAGAUCAAGAAACUGACCGACACAGAUGAUAAGAACGAUCUGGAUAAUGAGCUCAGCGAUAACGAGGACGACAUGACCGACUCGCAGAAGACCAAUAAACUGUCGGACAUUUAUUCCACCACCAUCCCCAGCGUGGAUUCGGCCAUGGAGUCGUGGGACGGCUCGGGGAUCGACGGGGGUUACAGCAGCCAAGGUGCCUACACCCAUCAGGCCGCUGGGAUUGCGCUACACCCUCACGAGUGGCGUAACAGCAAGCAGAGGAACAGCACGCCUCCUCCGUCCCGCCGCAAGAACUACCCCUUCAGUGACGGAGGAUUCAGUGAGGACGACUGGGACAAAGCUGCCGGAUACAGCAGCCAGCCGCAUGCCGACGGCCUCAUGAUGGAGCAGGAGGACAGUUUCUGGUGCCAGGCCCUGGAAGACCUGGAGACCUGCGGCCAGUCCGAGCUCCUGCGCGAGAUCGAGGCGUCGAUAAUGACCGGCAGUGCCCUGAGUUUGGGUGUAGAGGGUGGAAAGGCCCACGGCGAGACGGUCAACCAACCUCACCUCAGCCCUCUGAGAAAAGCCCCGCAUCUCCUCAACGAAACCAAGAACAAGAGCACACUCCGUAUGUCCGAGAAGACCUGGGAGUCACGGAGGAUCAAAGAAGAGAUCCAGGACAUCCUGUCGCCCACACCGUUAGAGCUGCACAAGGUGACUGUGAUGAAAGACCCAGAGAGCGAUGACUUUGGAUUUAGCGUAUCGGACGGUUUCUUGGAAAAGGGUGUUUACGUGAACAUGAUCAGACCUGAAGGUCCAGCGGACCGUGCUGGACUCAAACCCUACGACAGGAUCCUUCAGGUGAACCACGUGCGGACGCGAGAUUUCGACUGCUGCUUGGCUGUGCCCCUCAUCACAGAGGCCGGAGACAAGCUUGAGCUGGUGAUUAGCCGAAACCCAUUAGCACAGCCGGGUGUUGCUCAGCCCCACGACUGCCAUCCACACUUCAACCCCGUAGGCCAUUCCCGUGAGCACCAGACCAGCACGCUGGACCUGUGACCACUGGGUAACUCAGACUAUGACCACACCGGACCAUUUGUUACAAUCAGAAGAAGCCAUCAUUCACUGGUUUCAUUACAAAACUCAAGUAAACUGAAAUAUCCAGACUAUAAAGAGUGGUCGUGGAAACGAAACAACUAAAGAUUUGAGCCAGUUUUCAGUACAAAACUCGAAAGGAUCUGAGCCAGUUUUUUUUCUAAAGCAGAACAAAACAAAAAGCUAAAAAAAGAUAUAUUGGACUACUACAAUGCCUACAUGCAAACCAUAAAUGGACUUCGCCCAUCGAACCAUUUUUUUUCUUUACUAUGGAGCCUAGCACAUCAUACGGGGGAAAAUAUUAAUAUAAUGGCCACAAAAUUAGAAUUAAUUCUCAUGACUUAAUUAUUCUCCAAGUUUUUGUAAAUCGUGGUCACAUUGUACUGAUUCAUUCCUUCAUUUUCGGAAAUCACAGUCACAUUUCACUGAUUCGUUCCCCUGUUUCAGUGAAUUGUAUCCACAUUAUACUGCUUUGUUAUUUUUUUUAUAAAUCAUUGUCAUUUUAAUGAUUUGUUUCCUUGUUUAAGUAAAUUGUGGCCAUGCUCUACUGAUUCAUUUCCAUGUUUUAGUAAAUUGUGGCCACAUUGUACUGAUUCAUUCCAUAGUUUUGGUAAAUCGUACUCUCAUUGUACUGAUUCAUUCCCUAGUUUUGGUAAAUCGUACUCGCAUUGUACUGAUUCAUUCCCUAGUUUUGGUAAAUCAUGGCCAUGUUGUACCGAUUCAUUUUCUCUUUUUCAUAAAUAAUGGCCACGUCAUAUUGAUUUGUUCCCUUGUUUUAGUUAACCAUGGUUAUGUUCUGCUGAUUUGUUGCCUUGUUUUUUCAAACAUAUUACUGAUUAAUUUUCUUGAUUAAGUAAGUAAUGCAAUGUUGUGCUGAUUCAUUUCCCUCAUUUUACAAACCUCAAACGAAGGUAUGAAUUAGUGUAAUGUGAUUGCAUUCACUUUAAACGAGGAAACAUUUAAUUUAAUUUUGAAUUUGUGGCCAAGAUGUCUAUUUUUGUUUUCCUACAAUUUUCUUUUCUUUUUUGUUUGGUGUGUUUCUGUUUACUUUAUUUAUUUUUUUGAUAAAAACACUGUGUUCAAAUGUUUACAAAAAAGGAAAAGAAUUCUGCUUUUGAAGUAGAUCGCCAUUAGACGUAAACAUUUCUUAUGUUUCCAUUUUCAAUGGCAAGUGUUUUUACUUCCAAAACAAAACUACAAAUUAAGCUUUAUUUUUGUUUUAGUCCUGGAUGAGUCACUGCAGGAAUACCUUCGAGCACACAUUGUACUUUCUCCCAAAACACCGCCAUUCUUUGUUCCCUAAACGCAUAAACAUUAUAGACUCCCUACAAAUAAACCUAAAUUUGCCUCUGUGUCAGACACAAACAUACAAACAAGGAUUCAGGCCACAAGUGCAAAUGACAACAAUGCACAUGAUGACUGCCUGCUGCUUUAAAACUAAAGUUGCUGUUUGAUAUUGCCAACAAAGACUUCACAGCCUCUCUGUCAACUACACAUUUCUUACUUCUCAGGAGUAUGCAUUUUACAUGAAUAGGCUAUAUUUUAGUGUGCCAUUACUUUUUAUUGCA